CCAAGCUCGGAUAGGAGGAAUCAGCAGCAACACUACAACUGUGAAAUGCCAUCUUCAGGGUACUGCUCGUACAGCGGCAUUCUCAGAGAAUGGAGAUUAUGUUGUUGGGGGAGUUUUUUCCAUCCACAACAACAUGCAUACAAUGAUUUAUGACUACACCAGCAAGCCUGAACCCCCUCAGUGCUCAGGGAGUGUUGAUGCCGUGGCUGUGCACGUAGCGUUUCAGCUCUCCAACGGCCUUGAACCCGCGUUUCACCCCGGUGAAAGGUGCUCCAGAUCUGGUAUGGUGAUGGGCGUUGUUGCAGAGUCUGGAUCCACGCCAUCCAUCAGCAUAUCGCGCAUUAUCGGGCCCUUCAACAUUCCUCAAGUUAGUCACUUCGCCACAUGCGCCUGCCUGUCAGAUAAGCAGCAGUACCCGACCUUCUUCAGAACUGUUCCCAGUGACCAGUUCCAGGCUGUGGCUCUGGCCAAGCUGGUGAAACAUUUUGGCUGGACUUGGAUUGGUGCUGUUCGGUCAACUGCUCUGGUUGUGGUGGCAUUCAUAGCCGGUGGAGACAUGGAUAUUCUGUUAAAGGAGCUGGCCAGGGACCCUCCACCUCCUCGUCAGUGGAUUGGCAGUGAGGCCUGGGUAACUGAUACAAAUUUUGUGUCAUUUGGUUUCUGUGCUGGGGCCAUUGGAUUUGGGAUUCAGAAGUCUGUGAUCCCAGGUCUGAGAGACUUCCUGCUGGAUCUGUCUCCCUCUGAGGUGGCUGCCUCCCCACUGCUCACUGAGUUCUGGGAGGAUGCAUUUGACUGCAAACUGGGAAAAAAUGCUGCUGCAGGUGAGAAUGUGUGUGAUGGAACUGAAGACAUAAAGAAGCUCCAGAGUCCGUACACAGACACAUCUCAGCUGAGAAUUACCAACAUGGUGUACAAGGCUGUGUAUGCAAUAGCACAUGCCAUUCACAAUGUUGUGUGUCACGAAAAAAACUUCACAUCUCAGUGUGACAAACACAGCAAGUUGGAUUCAAAGCAGUUUUUUAAUAAACUUAAGAAAGUCAACUUCUCCCAAAAUGGUUAUGAUGUGUCAUUUGAUGCUAAUGGGGAUCCUGUUGCUGUCUAUGAGCUGGUCAACUGGCAAAAGACAGAGAGUGGAGAUAUUGAGUUGGUAACAGUAGGAUACUAUGAUUCAUCACUGCCGAUGGGCCAGGAGUUUCGUAUCAACAGGAACCUGUCCUGGGUGGAGGGGAGUGAACAAGUGCCGGUGUCUGUGUGCUCUGAGAGUUGUCCUCCAGGAACACGUAAAGUGUUGCAGAAAGGAAAACCCAUCUGCUGCUAUGACUGUAUACCCUGUCCUGAGGGAGAGAUCAGUAAUGCUACAGACUCUCCUGACUUUCCUGUCCUAUGA